UGAAUAUCUGAUCCUGAUUACAAUUUUUGCCAACUGCGUGGCCCUUGCUACAUAUACUCCAUAUCCUAAAUCUGAUACCAACGAAGUAAACAUGGCUUUGGAAAACGUAGAAUUUUUAUUUUUAGUUAUAUUCACACUUGAAGCAUUUCUAAAGGUGAUAGCCUAUGGUUUUGUAAUGCAUUCUGGAGCGUAUUUGAGGAAUGGAUGGAAUAUAUUAGAUUUUAUUAUAGUUGUUAUAGGUGUAAUAAGUAUAAUUCUAACUGCUGUACAUAGCAAGGGUUUUGACGUAAAAGCUCUGAGGGCGUUUAGGGUGUUAAGACCGUUACGAUUAGUUUCAAGAGCUCCUAGUUUACAAGUUGUGUUGAACUCGAUUCUUCGAGCAAUGGUGCCUUUGUUACACAUAGCUCUAUUAGUCAUUUUUGUCAUUAUCAUAUACGCUAUCAUAGGAUUGGAGUUAUUCUCAGGAAAAAUGCAUGAGACCUGUUUUGAUAUAAAAACCAAAACUAUAGCAUUUGAAGAUCCACAUCCGUGUGGAAGAGGGUUUAAGUGUUCGGAUUAUUUAGAAGGUACAGAUUGUAAUGAAUUCUGGGAAGGGCCAAAUUUUGGCAUUACAAACUUUGAUAAUUUUGGCCUAGCUAUGUUGACAGUGUUUCAGUGUAUCACAAUGGAAGGAUGGACCGAUGUCUUAUAUGAUGUAAAUGAUGCAGUUGGUAAUGAAUGGCCAUGGAUUUAUUUUAUCAGUCUUAUUAUUAUUGGUUCUUUUUUUGUACUUAAUCUUGUUCUUGGUGUGUUGAGUGGAGAAUUUUCGAAAGAAAGGGAAAAAGCAAAAGCUAGAGGAGACUUCCAAAAAUUACGGGAAAAACAACAGUUAGAGGAGGAUUUACGUGGUUAUUUAGAUUGGAUCACACAAGCUGAUGAUAUUGAUCCUGAAUGUGAUGCAGAAGGUGAAGAAAUAGCCACACCUAGGCAUAGUAAAUCUAUGGAAGCUGAAUUAUCAGACAAGUCAGAAGAAUUAAGCAGCACUGACUUAACUCCAUCUUGGUUUCAACAAAAAAAGUUUAUUUUAGAAAAAUGGAACCGAAGAUGCAGACGAUUUAGUCGUAAAAUAGUGAAAUCACAAGCUUUUUAUUGGAUAGUUAUUGUAUUAGUAUUUUUAAAUACUUGUGUGUUAACAUCAGAACAUUAUAGACAGCCUGAAUGGCUCGAUAGUUUUCAAAGUAUCGCCAAUUUGUUUUUUGUUGUGUUAUUUACAUUUGAAAUGCUGUUAAAAAUGUACAGUUUAGGCUUCCAGGGUUAUUUUGUGUCUUUGUUUAACCGUUUUGACAGUUUUGUUGUGUUAUGUAGUAUAUUAGAGGUGGUUCUAAUCUAUACAGAAGUUAUGCCACCAUUAGGUGUCAGUGUGUUGCGAUGUGCCAGAUUAUUACGUGUCUUUAAAGCAACCAGAUACUGGUCUUCUCUAAGAAAUCUUGUAGCCUCUUUGUUAAACAGUAUGCGUUCUAUUGCCAGUUUAUUGUUACUACUCUUCCUCUUUAUUGUGAUAUUUGCCUUAUUGGGGAUGCAGCUGUUUGGUGGACGAUUUAACUUUGACCAUUCUAAGAUGAAACCUCGCAGUAAUUUUGAUACUUUCUUCCAGUCUCUACUCACCGUCUUUCAGAUAUUGACUGGUGAAGAUUGGAAUGUUGUUAUGUAUGAUGGUAUACGAGCAUAUGGUGGUGUUGAAGGAAUUGGAUGUGUUGUUUGUCUUUAUUUUGUUGUUCUUUUUAUUUGCGGUAACUAUAUUCUGUUGAACGUCUUCUUGGCUAUUGCUGUUGAUAAUUUAGCCGAUGCCCAGAGUUUAACAGAAAUAGAAGAACAAAAGAAUGAGGAGAAGGAACGCACUCGAUCCAUCAGAAGAUCUAAGAGUAAGAGUCCUGUUAAAGAUUCUCAGGAUGCUGAAGUAGAUGAAGGGGUAGAUGUAAAUGGUAAUGAGAAUAACGAAGCUGAAAGUGGCGAAGAAAAAGUAGAAACAUUGAGCCGUCAUCCUAGUAACAGAAGUAGAAGAAGUCGUAGAGAAAGUACCACUGUCGAUCAUCACGUACGCAUUAAUCUCUGUGCUGAGGAUGCCGAUACUGGUGAAUAUCGUCACAAUCAGCAAGUUCCAAUUCAAGAAGAUACCGAUGAUGAAGAGAAAGGGGAAGAAACAGAAGAUGAAGAAAGGACAACAGAUGAUGAAAUGGACGAGGAAGAAGAAGAUGCACAAACAACUUCAACACAGAUGAGACCACGAAGAAUGUCUGAGAUUCAUAUUUCGGAUAAAGCUAGACCAAUACCAAAGGCCAGCUCUUUAUUCCUAUUUUCUCACACAAACAAAUUCCGAGUCCUAUGUCACAGGAUAUGCAAUCAUUCUUACUUCCGUAAUGUGGUUCUGGUGUGUAUUUUAAUCAGUAGUGCUAUGUUGGCUGCAGAAGAUCCAUUACGGUCGGAAUCACCUAGAAAUAACAUUUUAAACCAUUUUGACUAUUUUUUCACCAGCGUGUUUACUAUUGAAAUUAUUAUUAAAAUUAUAACAUAUGGUUUGGUUCUACAUAAAGAAUCAUUCUGUCGCAGUUCAUUCAAUAUUCUGGAUUUAAUUGUUGUAGCAGUUUCCUUGAUAUCGUUCCCACUUGACCAUGAAGCUAUAUCAGUUGUAAAAAUUCUCCGUGUGUUGAGAGUACUGCGUCCUUUACGUGCCAUAAACAGAGCUAAAGGUCUAAAGCAUGUAGUACAGUGUGUUAUUGUAGCUGUACAAACUAUCUAUAAUAUUAUGCUGGUCACAUUCCUUCUCAAAUUUAUGUUUGCUGUAAUAGGAGUUCAACUAUUUAAGGGAAAAUUUUACAAAUGUACAGAUACAUCUAAAUUGUCUGAAGCAGAAUGUCGGGGCCAAUAUAUAGAUUUUAAGGAAGGAGAUUUUGAUCAACCCAUUGUAUUAGAUAGACAAUGGGAAGAGAGUGCCUUUAAUUUUGAUGAUGUCAAACAAGCCAUGCUCACUUUAUUUACAGUAGCAACAUUUGAAGGCUGGCCUUCAUUAUUAUAUAAAUCUAUAGAUUCUAAUGAGGAGGGGAUGGGACCUAUCCACAACUUUCGGCCUUUUGUGGCCAUAUUCUACUUUGUCUUUAUUAUCGUUAUUGCUUUCUUUAUGGUGAAUAUCUUUGUUGGUUUUGUUAUCGUCACCUUCCAGAAUGAAGGAGAACAGGAAUAUAAAAAUUGUGAACUGGAUAAAAAUCAGAGAAAGUGUAUUGAGUUUGCUUUGAAAGCCAAACCUAUGCGUCGUUACAUACCUAAAGCUAGAUUACAGUAUAAAAUUUGGUGGUUUGUGACGUCACAGGCUUUUGAGUAUGGUAUUUUUCUAUUAAUUAUGAUAAAUACAGUAACCUUAGCCAUGAAGUAUUAUGGUCAAAGUGGCACAUACUCCAAGGCUCUUGACUACCUCAAUAUGAUCUUUACUGGUGUCUUCACAGUCGAGUUCCUGCUCAAACUUGCAGCCUUUAGGUUUAAGAAUUAUUUUGGUGAUGCGUGGAAUGUAUUUGAUUUUAUUAUUGUACUGGGCAGUUUUAUAGAUAUUAUCUAUACAGAAUACAACCCUGGUCAGACGAUUAUCAGUAUCAACUUUUUCCGACUGUUCCGAGUGAUGAGGUUGGUGAAGUUAUUGAGUCGAGGAGAAGGUAUAAGGACGUUACUGUGGACCUUCAUCAAAUCAUUCCAGGUGAGAACACCGUUUAUUAGGCCAUCAUAAUUCGUUAACCGUAGCAUCCAUAUACUGCAAAGCAAGAAUACUUUUCGAAAAAUAUGAGUUGUGAAGCUGUAGACUGGAGAUUAACUGAU